GUAUGUGUGAAGGCAGGACAUGGCGUCUAACUCUACCACUAAAUUUUUUGCCCUUUCUCAGUCUUUCAGCGUGUCUGAUAUCAUUGUAAUAGGAGCAUAUUUUUUGUUGAACGUUGCAGUUGGAAUAUGGUCAUCUUGCAGAGUGAGUCGAAACACCCUAAGUGGAUAUUUCCUGGCUGGCAGGGACAUGGCUUGGUGGCCGAUUGGGGCCUCUCUGUUUGCCAGCAGUGAGGGUUCAGGAUUGUUCAUUGGAUUGGCUGGGACAGGAGCAGCCGGGGGAAUCGCUGUAGCUGGCUUUGAAUGGAAUGCAACUUAUGUCCUGUUAGCUCUUGCCUGGAUCUUUGUCCCAGUUUAUGUGUCCUCUGGGAUUGUCACAAUGCCAGAGUAUCUGGGUCGGCGGUUUGGAGGAGAGAGAAUUCGCAUGUACUUGUCAGCGCUUAGUCUGAUGCUGUCUGUGUUUACCAAGAUCUCAACGGAUCUAUACUCUGGAGCUCUGUUUGUCCAGGUUUGUUUGGGCUGGAAUCUCUACCUCUCCACUGUUCUCAUGCUAGUAGUCACUGCCCUCUACACAAUUGCAGGUGGCUUAGCUGCUGUAAUCUACACCGAUACUCUGCAGACCUUCGUCAUGAUCAUUGGAGCGGUCAUCCUUACCAUUACAGCAUUUAAUAAGAUUGGAGGCUACAGUAACCUGGAGAGCGUGUAUUUGAAAGCUGUGCCAUCUAAGAUCAUCCCAAACACGACAUGUCAUCUGCCAAGGGCUGAUGCCAUGCACCUGUUCAGAGACCCCGUGCAUGGGGACUUACCCUGGCCCGGCAUGACACUGGGAUUAACCAUUCUUGCAACCUGGUACUGGUGCACUGAUCAGGUAAUCGUGCAGAGGUCUUUGUCAGCCAAGAAUCUGAGUCACGCCAAAGGAGCAUCCAUCUUUGCCAGUUAUCUCAAGAUGCUUCCCAUGAUCUUCAUCAUCCUACCUGGAAUGAUCAGCAGGGCUCUUUACCCAGACACAGUGGCCUGUGUUGACCCUGAGGAGUGUGUGAAAGUGUGUGGUGCGGAGGUGGGCUGCUCCAACAUCGCUUUCCCAAAACUGGUCAUUGAGCUCAUGCCGAAUGGUCUCCGAGGGUUAAUGAUAGCCGUAAUGAUGGCUGCUUUGAUGUCCUCCCUGACCUCCAUCUUCAACAGCAGUAGCACACUCUUCACCAUGGAUAUCUGGAAGAAGUAUCGCAGAGGUGCUACUGAGAAGGAACUGCUGCUGGUUGGCAGGAUAGUGACCGUUAUACUGGUGGUGAUUAGUGUGGUUUGGAUCCCGAUUCUUCAGAGCGCCAACAGCGGUCAGCUCUACGUUUACAUCCAGUCGGUGACCAGUUAUCUGGCCCCUCCUGUCACUGCCAUAUUUGUAAUGGCCAUUUUCUGGAAAAGAACAAAUGAGGCGGGAGCAUUCUGGGGUUUAAUGGUGGGUCUAGUGGUGGGGUUGACUCGGAUGGUCCUAGAGUUUGUGUACCCUCCUCCACGCUGUGGUGUGUUUGACCCUGCACCCUCCGUCCUAAGAAGAGUACACUACCUACACUUUGCCAUCAUCCUCUGCGCCCUCACUGCUUUUGUUGUUGCAGUGAUAAGUCUACUAACUCCACCACCCACUGAAGAACAGACACAUAAUCUUACCUGGUGGACACUCGACAACAGCACUGAGAGAGAAAUACCUUUACAGAAAGUAACUACUCUCAACCGGAGGACAGAAGGCAGUGAGUCUGUGCGUAGAGGAAGGUGUGUCCGCACCGCUGGGUUCUGUAGUCCUCGACCAGGCCGUUCAACCCCUGGGACACCACCACCAUUGAUUGACAGAGCCAGAGAGGAUCCCUUCUGGUCUCGCUUCUGCUGUGUUAAUGCCAUCAUUCUCAUGUGUGUUAACAUCUUUCUUUAUGCUUACUAUGCAUAACAUACCAGCAUACUUUCCCAUACAAACAGUCACACACAUUGUUUUAAUUUUUUUGUGUGCUUUCGUUACACAUUCAUCACCAUGCUCUUCCAGAAGUCUGAUACACACCUUUGUGAUUAUACUUAUUAUUUACCUCUGUUAAUGAAAAAACUGAUACCAGCAUGAUUGGUUAAAAUUGUUUCAUUACAAUGGCUGAAUCAUGAUGCAGAAUCAGCAUCAGAUACAGCAAUACCCAAAAUAGUUUUUUGUAAAAAUUAUACAGAUUCCUAGUUAUGUAGGGUACAUACUGGAGGAGCACUACCAGUCAAAGGUUUGGACACCUACAGUAUCUACCCAUUCUUUUUUUUUUCUCUCCCCUUUUCUCCCCAAUUUGGAAUGCCAAAUUCCCAAUGUGCUCUAAGUCCUCGUGGUGGCAUGGUGACCCACCUCAAACCAGGUGGCGGAGGACGAAUCUCAGUUGCAUCUGCGUAUUAGACCAUUAAUCCACGUAUCUUAUCACGUGGCUUGUUGAGCACGUUACCGCGGAGACAUAGCGUGUGUGGAGGCUCGCGCUAUUCUCCGCGGCAUCCACGCACAACUCAGCACGCACCCCACCAAGAGCGAGAACCACACAUUAUAGCGACUACGAGGAGGUUACCCCAUGUGACUCUACCCACCCUAGCAACUGGGCCACUUUGGUUGCUUAGGAGACCCAGGGGUGGUAGUCAGUUUCUUUACUCGCUGAGCUACCAAGGCCCCCUGUAUCUACCCAUUCUUUAUUAGUAGUAGUAUUUUCCACAUUUUAUAAUAAUAGUCAAAUCAUUAAAACUAUGAAAUAACACAAAUGGAAGUAUUAAAGCUUAUUUUAAUCCUAUAUUUAAAAUGAGCUAAAUAAAUAUUUUAGGUAUGCAAAGAAAUUCUUACAUAGGUACUUGUUGCAUAAGCAUAAGCAUUUAGAUCAAAAGGUUUUUAAGAUCAUGACACACAUAAUUUCAGUCGAGUGUGUCCCAACUUUUGACUGGUAAUGUAGAUCAUGUUUUAUUAUGUUUUAAAGGUUGCUCAGUAUAAUGCAUAUGCUGUACGUUUAACAAGUGUAAAUUUGCCUUUGAGCAUAGGGCAACAGAUUUUUCUCAUGGUGGAUUGGAAAUUGAUAAAUUUCAGGUUUGUUUAAAAGCUAAAAUAUAUGCAUUUAGUAAGAUCUUGGUGUCAAUUUAUGUUUGUUUGCUCAUUGCCAGAUACUCCCAAAAGGGUUGGGUGUAAAUGUUAGUGCAGUUUUGCUUCUCUGAAACAAAUGAAUAGUGAUUAAACAGUAAUUUACUGUACUGUAGAUACAUUACGUAAUAUGUACCUUUGUAAUUAUUUAAUACGAAAAAUAAAACUAAUAGCAUGAGAAUAGCUAUAGAUUAUAUAAUUCUAAGAACAGCUUGUAAAAUAUUUGAUGUACAGAAAAACAGAAUGUUACAGAGGUUACAUGAAACAUGUUUAAUAUUUCUGGCUGUUUCAUAAUUAUCAUUUUGUUUUCUCUUAAUUUGUUUGUUUAAUUGUGACAAUGCAAAUGAAAAAAGUGAUUUA